CGCAGCGCAGACCGCGAGUGAGCAGCGGCGGCCGGCGAGGCGCGCUGGUGCCACCGGCGGCGGCGGGGAGAUGGACCCGGCGCCCUUUCUGGGCUGCAGCCUCAAGGAUGUGAAGUGGAGCUCGGUGGCCGUGCCGCUCGACCUGCUGGUCAGUACCUACCGGCUGCCCCAGAUCGCGCGGCUGGACAGCGGUGAAUGCAUAGAAGGAUUGCGGGAGAAUGAUUACCUUCUGAUUCAUUCGUGUCGUCAGUGGACCACCAUCACUGCCCAUAGUCUGGAAGAGGGCCACUACGUCAUUGGGCCAAAGAUAGAGAUCCCAGUGCAUUAUGCAGGGCAAUUCAAGCUGCUGGAACAAGACCGAGAUAUAAAGGAGCCCGUGCAAUAUUUCAACAGCGUGGAGGAGGUGGCCAAGGCAUUUCCUGAGCGUGUGUACGUCAUGGAGGAAAUAACAUUCAACGUGAAGGUAGCUUCUGGUGAGUGCAAUGAAGACACCGAGGUCUACAACAUCACCCUGUGUACCGGCGAUGAGCUCACCCUGAUGGGGCAGGCAGAAAUCCUGUACGCCAAGACUUUCAAGGAGAAGUCCCGAUUCAACACCAUCUUCAAAAAGAUCGGGAAACUCAACUCCAUCAGCAAGCUGGGAAAAGGCAAGAUGCCAUGCCUCAUUUGCAUGAAUCACCGGACCAACGAAAGCAUCAGCCUCCCGUUCCAGUGCAAGGGCAGGUUCAGCACCCGGAGUCCCCUGGAGCUGCAGAUGCAGGAGGGCGAGCACACCAUCCGCAACAUUGUGGAGAAGACCAGGCUCCCUGUGAACGUGACCGUGCCAAGCCCGCCGCCCAGAAACCCCUACGACCUCCACUUCAUCCGAGAGGGACACCGCUACAAGUUUGUGAACAUCCAGACCAAGACAGUAGUGGUCUGCUGUGUGCUGCGGAACAACAAGAUCCUCCCCAUGCACUUCCCUUUGCAUUUGACUGUCCCCAAGUUCAGCCUCCCGGAACACCUGGUCAAGGGAGAGGUGUGGCCUGAAACCCUCGUUCAUCACUGGCUGGGAAUCUGCCAAGAACAGUUUGACAUUGAUGAGUAUUCCCGGGCCGUCCGUGAUGUGAAAACGGACUGGAAUGAGGACUGCAAAAGCCCCAAGAAGGGCCGGUGCUCUGGCCACAACCAUGUGCCCAACUCCCUCAGCUACGCCCGCGAUGAGCUCACCCAGUCCUUCCACCGGCUCUCAGUCUGUGUCUAUGGCAACAAUCUCCAUGGUAACAGCGAGGUGAACCUCCAUGGAUGCAGGGACCUGGGGGGAGAGUGGUCUCCCUUUCCCCAUGACAUCCUGCCCUAUCAGGACUCUGGCGACAGUGGGAGCGACUACCUUUUCCCAGAAGCUGGUGAAGAGUCGGGGGGCGUCCCAGGGAAGUCGGAACUUCCCUAUGAGGAGCUGUGGCUGGAGGAAGCCAAGCCCAGCCGCCAGCCCCUCGCACGCUCGCUGAGCGAGAAGAGCAGGUGCGACCCGCUGAGAGGCUCUGUCCGCUCCACAUGUGCGCCUUCUCCUCUGCCCAUCCCUGGGACCCCGGGAGCCACAAUGAAGUCUUCAGAAAUCACCCUACCUCCACCUCCAGUGCCUCCCAAAUCUGAAGCCGUCAGGGAAGAAUGCCGACUCCUGAACGCCCCACCUGUUCCACCCCGAAGCGCAAAGCCUUUGUCCACCAGCCCCUCCAUCCCUCCUCGCACGGUCAAGCCAGCGCGGCCACAGACUCGCUCUCCCAGCCCCACCUUGUCCUACUAUUCUUCAGGGCUGCACAGCAUCAGCGUUACUAAAAGUGACACGAGCCCUUCCGAAAGCGCUCCCGUUUCCUGCUAUCCGUGUAACCGAGUGAAAACCGACUCCGCGGAGCUCAAGUCCCCGAUCGGAAGUCCCUCUGCGGAAGCGCUGUCCUCCCGGCUCUCGUGGCCUAACCAUUAUUCAGGCGCAUCGGAGAGCCAGACCCGGAACGACUUCCUGCUGGAGCCGAGCAGGAGUUACAGUUACCCCCGACAAAAGACCCCCUGCACACCAAAGAGAAACUGCCCGGCUCCUCUGGACUUCGACGGCCCCGAGCCGCCCGGCGGCGCCCCCAGCGCAGCCCCUGCAGAAGGUAGCGGCGGCGCCGUGGGUUGCCCCAAGUCAGCGAGCUACUCGCUGGAGAGCACCGAGGAGAGCACCCUGGGCGCGGGCGCCAGCAGGCAGAGCGCAUCCUGCCCUGCCCUACCCCCCCGGGCCCCAAAGCCAGUGGAGCAGAAGACGGCUGUGGAAACGUCGCCUCUGCCUCUGAAAAUUGAUGGUGCUGAGGAGGACCCCAAGUCGGGGUCGCCGGACCUCUCCGAGGACCAGUACUUUGUUAAAAAGGGCACGCAGGACAUCUUCUCCAUCUCCUACCCUUUCUCCUCCCCGCUCCACCUCCAGCUAGCCCCCCGGUCCUGUGGCGAUGGCUCCCCGUGGCAGCCACCCGCUGACCUGUCAGGACUCUCCAUAGAGGAAGUGUCCAAAUCACUACGGUUCAUUGGUUUGUCUGAAGACGUCAUAUCCUUCUUUGUCACUGAAAAGAUUGAUGGGAAUUUGCUCGUUCAGCUAACAGAAGAAAUCCUGUCAGAGGAUUUCAAAUUAAGCAAACUUCAGGUGAAGAAAAUAAUGCAAUUCAUUAAUGGCUGGAGGCCCAAAAUAUAGCCAAAUCACCCCGGCUAGCAUGAAAUAGAACUGGUAGAUGUGUGUGCUAGAAGGGGUGGGCUGGGACACAAUCUCAUGUUUUUGCACUAGAACCUUCUCUGUAAAUAGGGAUAAGAGAAACUCUUACUAUGCAGAUUACAUUUUUGAAUGGUGGACAGGCUAUUUUGUACAUCAAUAAAGAUGCUGUACAGAACACGUAGAGGUGUGCCUUGUACGUCACUCAACCCUCAGCAGCUGCUAAGGACUGAAACAGGCAUAUGCAGAGGAGUCAUCUUACCCCACUAGGUUUAUCUGAGAAGGUGUGAUAUUUAUUACAAAAUAGCCAAAGCCAAAAAACAUCAGAAUCUUUAAAAAA